GCUUCGAUAAGGAAAGUUGUUACACAUUCAGAAUGAAGAAUAUAUUUUGGAUGAGUUUCCUAAUCUGUUCGAUUUCUGUGCAAUUGGUAAACUGCUUAGUCUGUCGCAACUGCGUUAGUCCAGCCAGCUGCAGGUAUGCAAAGGUAGUCCAGUGCACCAAUUAUGCUGCAAAUGUGACGAGCCAGUAUUUGGCCACAUAUCAUCGGAAUGUGCUUGAGCUAAACAGUAGUCGCUUCAACUGCCUCGCUCUGAAGUAUGUCUAUACGAAAACUGAAGCCCGAGGUCAGCGACUGGAACCGGACGAGGUGUAUCGUUUGCUCUGGCAACAAUUGCAACAGAAAUUCAUCUGGCAAAAUUGGUGGAGCCCUCUAUACGAUUGUGGGCACAGUCUGCACUCUCAUAUUAAGUAAGACCUAUGGCUAAUAGGCAACAAUUAUUAUUAAAUGAUUGGUAAAGAUAUUCAGAAAAUAACCACGAACAAACGAUAUUAUCUUGUCUACCAAACCAAGUCUUUAACACUUCAAAUAAAAUCGUUUCUGUUAUACCACAUAUAUCCACUUUAUAAGAAGAGGGUUUCCAGGAAUAUAUACAUAUUAUAAACAAGCAUCUGGGUCUUUAAAGUACAGUAAAGUUUUUAAUAGAAAUUAAUUUUAUAACAAAAAGCAAAAUAUUUAAACAAUAAUAAUAAUCAAGGAAUAAAUUCAGAUUAGAUAAUUCGACUAUUAUAAUAAUUAUCGAAUGAUUCAUGAUUUUAAACAUUCUUAUGCUUUCGCAAUUCAUCCACAACUUGCUGCAUGGUGGGACGAACGUUAGGGUCUUUAUCCCAGCAUCUUUGAAUGAAAGUUUUSAAUUGAUCCGGACAAUCAAAUUUAAGAUCAUCCAGAGAGGGCCGUAGACCUGCAUAAACCA